AUGCCUCCAGUGUUAAAAAUGAGCCUUGACGCCACCACAUUCGAUGCUAGCAAUUUUGGAUCUUCGUGCUUGCAGCCAGGCAUUCCUAUCGCUGAGCUCUCAGAAGAUUGUUUGACGAUAAAUGUUUUCCGGCCGUCUGGUGUAGAUCCAAACGCUUCACUCCCGGUUAUGUUCUGGACGUACGGCGGGGGCUUUAUAGAAGGAUCUUCGGCUCAGUUCAACGCAAGUGCAAUCGUAGCCCAAAGUGUCGUCCGGGGGACCCCCAUCGUUUACGUGAAUUUUAAUUACCGCCUUGGACCCUUGGGAUUCCCUCAAGGACAAGAGGCAGCGGAUCGCAAAGUCUUGAAUUUAGCACUGCACGAUCAGAUCGCGGCUUUGACAUGGGUUCAAGAAAAUAUUGGUGCCUUUGGUGGGGAUAAGAACAAAGUCACAGUAUUUGGAGAAAGUGCAGGAGCAAUUAUGACCGCCGUCCAGCUCUUGAAUCCUUCGUUUUCAAAGUUUGCAAGAGCAGCGAUUAUUGAAUCAGGUUCAGCUGCAAGUGCUUUAACGUUCGACGCGCAACACCGACAGGUGGAUUGGGAUAAUUUUGUCGCAGGAGUCCCUGGAUGUGUGGAACUCUCGGAAACAGGAAACACAUUUAACUGUUUACAUUCUGUUAAUACUACAGCCAUUCUUAGUGGUCUACUCAUCGCCCAAAGUGAAGUACCGGAGCUGUUUCCAUGGAGUCCUACUAUUGAUGGGGAAGGUGGGUUUAUGCCAGAACUCCCCUCGUUACGGUUCGCGAACGGGACGUUUGCCAAAAUACCAUUCAUUUCUGGAACAAACUUGGAUGAGGGAACAGUCUUUAUUCCCCCCACUAAUAACUAUACUGCGGAGCUUAUCACGGAAUUCAUCAUAGCCAACUAUUCUCCUCCAGUUGUUCCCACUGUUUCAGAAAGUCAGUUGGAAAACGCGACAGCGCGCUUGCUGGAAUUAUAUCCGGAUGUUCCUGCUCUUGGUUCGCCGUUCAAUACCGGAAACGACACAUUUGGGCUCAGUCCUGGAUUUAAAAGAAUCUGUGCUUUAUUCGAUGACCUUAACUUUCUGUCUCAGCGAAGGCUAUGGAUACAAACAGCGAGUAAUGCAGGCGUGAAGACGUUCGGUUACCUGUUCACGCAGCCACAACCCACUAAUCCAGCUUACCUUGGAGUCUCUCAUGCGUCAGAAAUUCCAUUCGUUUAUGGGGCACCGCCAAACGCAACUACUUCUGCGACUGGAUUGAGCGAGAUGAUGAUUGAUUACUGGGUUUCGUUUGCUACAAGCCUGAAUCCGAACGAUGGAAAAGGCAUUGCCCGUCCUACAUGGGAGCAGUAUACUCCUCAGAACCAAGCUGUCAUACAAUUAAACGGAGACAAUACGACUAUGAUCCCGGAUGAUUAUCGCAAAGCAGGAAUUGACUUUAUUAAUUCAACGCCACUAAUCUUUCACCAUUGA